AUGCCUCCUCCUUCUCAUAAUUUUAGAAGUUCUUUUACUCUAAUCAAAAACCCAAAUAAUCCUACAAAUGUUCUCACUUGCGAAGCCUUUUAUGAAGCUAAUACUGAAAAGGAAGUGCAAAAAAUUUUAGCUUUACCAGAAUCUGAAACUAAUAAGUUUAUAAAUUUACAUGCUGAUUUGGUCAUUUCAACUGUUUCAAGCCACUCAUCUAUCAAUAGUCGACAGUCUGCAAUUUCAAAUUUUCUUUGUAGACCUUUUUCAGUUAAUGAUCAAUCACGGUUUGAACAAUUACUUUUAAGAAUGAUUGUUUUUAAUGCAUUACCUUUUACAUUUGUUAAGAAUGAAGAUACUAUUGCAGUUUUUGAGUUUUUAGUACCAGGACUUAAAUUGCCCAAGUGCAAAGUUAUAGGUGGCAAAGGUGUUGUUUUUAUAACUACAAAUGGACAACCUUUAAUAUGGGGUGCACAUGAUAUUAGCUCUGAAAGAUCACAAACUCAAAAUGUAAUCAAUCACAUUGAACAAUUAAUGAUUGAAACUGAAGAGAAACGAAUAAUUAUCAAAGCAUUUGUUUCAGAUUCUACUGGUAAAUAUGCAGCCAUCUUUUUGAAUAAAUUACAAAAAGACACAGCUCGAUUAUAUGAAGUUCUUCAUUGUUUUGAAUAUAUGAUGAAAAUAUUUGAAUGUCAUGAUGAUUUUGAGUUCAAAACAAAUAUGAGAGCAUCUGAAUUAAUAAAAUACAAAUGGGAAAUUAAUUCAUAUGAUAUAGAAUUAUUUAAACAAUUUAAGAGAAAUUUGGCAGAUUUUUGGGAAUCAACCAAAGGACAAAGUAAAGUCUUGGCAAUGAGCCAAAUUCAUGGUGAUAUCCUUUGGUCUUGUAAAGUAAAGAAUGCAAAAAAAUAUGAUAAUCAAAUUCGCAGACUACAUGUCACAGCACCUAUAUUAUCAGAUGAAGGUGAUGAAGGUGUUGAAGAAUUAGUCAUCACUGAUUUGGAUUAUCAAGUGAGUGACGAUGGUGUUGUUGGGAAAGAUAAAGCUACCAGAUCAAAUUGGACAAACCAAAGUCUUGAAAAAAAUAAAGAAUCAGUUGCAGAAGAGGAACAAAGAUGGAAAAACCUAGUUAACGAAUGGAUUGAGCUUGGAGAUCAUGAAAACCAAUUUGAAAACAAAGACGAUAAAAUUUUAUUGUCAAGUGAAUGGGAUGCAGAUUUUAGUUUAGGAGGACGAGAAAAACAUCCUGCUAAUAAUGAAACAGCCAAAUGGUCUUUAGAUUUAUUUUUUGUUUCUUCUUUAGAAAUGCCACUAUAUUUCGAUUCAGAAUUUACUUUUAAUUAA